CCCGUAACUGACGCGAUGGAUCAGCAUCAUUGGGGACUGGGGAAUUUUUUUCAUAUUUUAGAGGAUGUGUUGAGUGCAAUGAGUGAGGCACGCCUAGAGGAGGGGGCAAAGCGGAAGGGCAGGCGCUGGUCACUCGACACCAUCACACCAAGGUUCAACCUCUGGAAGAGGUCGGGGUCGGUUAUCGAUGGGGGCCUACUGUCCCACCGUAACUCCAUCGCCACGCCCGUCACCAUCGCAGAGGAGGGCAAGCUGCCCUCGCCUGGGCGUCGGAUGAAGAAGACCCUCCCUCACGGUGAUGUGUACGCUGUGCUGGACCUCGUCGACGGCCGACAUAUUGUGUUGAGUGGCCGCGAUGAGACGCACCUGAAGACAUUGUACGUCGAUGCUGCGAUGGAGUACAAGGUCAGCAGCUACCGCGUCAUCGUUGAGUCCACCAAGUCCAUCCUCAAGCUGGACAAUGGCAGCCCAACUGUCACCAAGUCAUUUGAAAACAUGUUUGAAAAAUAUGAGUCUGUGGAUCCGUCGGCACAAAAGCCAGAGGAUCCGCGGUUUCGGCUUGCGGAAGAGCUACUGCAGACGGAGCGGGAUUACUGUAGCAGCCUGCAAUGCAUCUUUGACUGCUAUGCGGAACCACUCAGGAAGUACUCCUCUUUGAGCAAGGAGGACCAUCGGAUGCUGUUUAUGGCAGUGGAACCUAUCCUCUCUAUCAGUGCAAUGUUGGCGUCAAAGCUGGAAAGUGUGAUUCAAACCUGGAAUACUCAUACCACAAAGUUAGGCAAUCUGUUUCCAAGCAAAUUCUGGAACCAAUACGCAGAAUAUUACGAUAACUACCUUAACACAAAAAGCUUUUUGGAAGAAAAAUGUGCAACUGAUUCAACUUUCGCUGAGUUUUGCAAUUUAAGGAAAGAACAGGGAAAGUUAGGAAUAGACACGCUGCUCUUUUUACCUAUCAAGAGCAUCCCGGAAUACGACAAGUAUUUAAAUGAUCUUCUCGAUGAAACAGAUUCAAGUCAUACAGACUUUGAUGACUUGAAGAAGGCCGUGGACAAGGUUAAUAAUAUGGUGAGAGAGCGUGAGGAUGAAUUACGGGAGGCAGACAAUGACAACAAGGUUGAGGCCGUACAGGAUCGCUUCCCUCACGAUGACCUUCAACUUCGAGAUCGCGACAAGACGCAGAAGCUACGGGGCGUAUCGUCAAGAAGAAAGUCUGCACCCAGUGCCGUCUUGUUCAAAUCCCUGGGCAGUGGGAAGUCAAAGAGUUCAUCUUCGCUAUGGUCACACAACAUGGUCAAAAAGGAAGGUGACGUUUCGACUCGACCAGGGUCUGAAGGAAACCGCCUCUAUGUCAUGGAGGGGUCAGCCCAGCUUGCAGCGGGCAUGCAGACGCAGGAUCGCUACCUUUUCCUCUUCAGCGAUCUGCUGCUCAUCGCUAAGCAGAAGUCAAACACAACGUUCAAGUUGAAGCAUCGAAUACAGCUGUGUGACGUGUGGAUCGCGAACUGUAUCGAGGAAGUGAGUGAACUAACACGGCCGCAGGACAGAUCGUUUGUCAUCGGCUGGCCAACUACCAACACCGUGGCCACUUUCAAGGAUGCUGAAACUAAAGAGAAAUGGCUGACGAAGUUAACUACACAAAUUCAGGAAGAGAAGUUGAAAGAGGAGUCCCGCACAACCCAGCUCAAAGUUGUCAAUAGGCAUAUCGAUCAGAAAUGUUCUGUGACUGUCAAUAACACCUGUGAAGCCAGAGACGUACUGCGGAUGUGCAUGGCACAGCUGCUUAUACAGGAGAGCGAACAGAAGGAUUACCAGUUGUGGGUGUUGACAGGAAAGGAAACAAUCUACCCACUUAUAGGUCAUGAGUACCCGUACGCCAUCAAGUUGAGCCAUGUGCGAGACCUGCUGAAGCCCAAAGGAGAUGUAGACAGCGACGUCCUGUCCAACAUGGAUUCCAUCAUGGAAGAGUCUUCUAAUUCUAAAGUCGAGUUCAUUCUCAAACACAAGAAGUCCCCGAAGAAACACAGUCUUGAAGACACAUCUCAGAAGUCAUUGAAAAAGCCAAAAAGUCGCCCUUGUUGGCUGUUCAAGAAGAACAAGGAUGAGAAGUCACACGUGCCAGGCAACAGCAAGCCUGGGAAGUUGUUCGAACGUCCGCUGGAAGAAGUUUGUGACGAACACUCCCAACCACCCAAAGCAAUCAUGGAACUUUUGACAAUUUUGUUCCGAGAGGGCCCCCUUACAGGUGGCAUAUUGCGGAAGUCAGCAAAUGCACGCCAGAUUCGUGAAUUGCGCCAGAAGUUGGACAGUGAGGAGGAGGUCAGCCUUGACCAGUACUCCCGCUAUCUGAUUGGUUCCCUUGUGAAGGAAUACUUCCGAACACUUCCGAGUUGCCUCUUCGGAGAAAACCUCCAUGAACAUUGGGUGAAGACUGUUGAGAUAGAAGAUGAACACGAGCGUCUGUCGCGUGUUAUAGAGUUGUAUCAUGAAAUGCCGCUAUGCAACCAGCUCCUGCUGAAGCUCCUGAUGAGUGUGCUGUACCAGAUCGACCACCAUCAAGAUGUUAACAUGAUGACUGCCAACAAUAUCUCCGUCUGCAUUGCCCCGAGUUUGCUAUGGCAAAAACACGACGACAUGGCCAAUUAUUCUGUCAACGUGGGCUCUGUCGUCGCAGUGGUGGAGUUUAUGAUAAAAAAUGCAUGCAGCGUGUUCGGAGACGAUACUCCUCACUUGUUGGGCGAAGUGGACCACAAGAUGAGGCAGGACUCAGGAACAGACUCAGACAGUCUCAAUAAUGGCCUAAGACGGGACGACUCAUCCAUUGAUAGUUUGGUCGACCGCGAUCUCUACACAGAAGCUGAUGCCAGUCCCAAACUGGCAAAGAGUCAUCUGUCGCCAUCCAACCUCAGCCACGACUCCGGUCUGUCCCACAGUGACUCCCAACUCAACGAUGAGGAGUGCGACUUUGACUCAACCGAGAGGAAGAUGUACCGCAGCACAUCCUACAUGGACCACGACAACGACAUCUACACAAGGUCCAUCGAUAACCUUGACAACCAGAACCCUGUUCCCCCUCCUCGAUAUCGUCGAAAGAAAGAAUAUAUGCAGUCUUCAAGCUUUGACAACUACAACCGCCAGUACAUAACAUCGUACUCCUCUGGUGCUCGUCUUUGUCAUUCACUGGAGCCAGAAGUGUUGCGUCAGAUGCAACUCCAGAAAAGAAUCUCAUGUGACUCGCUGCACAGCGUGGAAGAAAGCACAGAGGCAGAAUGUGAAAAGGAUUUCUCUAGCCACCGGAAAUCCGCUGACAUUUAUCUGAUCAAGUCAGCCAGCGGUGCUCAUCUGUAUAUGGACAGUGAGACCCUUCCGAGGGUCUCCUCUGUAGAGGGACAAACAGGCCGACAGGGACGGGACAGACUGGUGCGGCAGUCAUCCGUCACAGACAGUACACCUCCUCUCUCUCCUCACUCGAAGCACUCGUACGGUAGUUCAUAUGACAGUGUGUUGUCAGACUCUUCUUACAUGCAUGACCUGUCCCGAGGGACCUCGAUUAAUUCAGCUCCCCAGACGCCGGAUGUGGAUUCAGAUCGUGUGUUGUGGUCGCUGGAGGAGAGAGAGAGAUCCAACUCAAAUCCAACAACUCUUCAUUCCAAUGUGAACUCUACGGAAUCAACAUCGCCUACCAAUCUGAGUGCAACCUAUGGUGGAUAUACUCUCAAAUCCAUGCAGAACAUGAGGUACUUAGUUUCGCCUCCAGCAUCUCCUGCUGUGGAAAGGAGGGUAAAGACUUCGGAGUCAGUGAAAGACCCAAGUGCGAGACAUUCAGUGCCAGCAGCAACAUAUAAAACAACAGUGCAGAAAGAAGUUCCUGCUGCCACGUCUCCGCAGAUUUCAAUAACGUACUGUUCCAGUGGCUCUGAUGAGCGUCUUGAUGACAAUGACUCUAGUGAUAAGGUGAGGAGAGCGAGUUUUGAAAGCGGUUCUUCAUCUGGUGCUCCUGUUAAGCAGAUCUCAAUGUACUCACAGGGCCUCAGCUCUCAGUCACGGCUGCAGGGGCAGAGGAUGUCACCAAGGAAGGACUCCACCCCAGUGAAAGCCAGUCAUGACAGUGCUAUUGUUUCACAAAUCAGGAGAAAUAGUUUAGAAUCUGCUUCCAAAAGUGAUGAUGACUGUGAAUCCAGGACUUCUAGCUUGCCAGAGAGUUUGUCAAAAUCUAAGUUACUAAGGAACUAUGGUCGCAAUUACGACUCAGAGUCAAAAACAUCUUCUGAAAAUUUAGACUUUGAAAGCAAACGGCCACAUCAACCUCCUUCCUACCAGGAAGCUUUAAGUAGGAACUAUCGAAUAAAACAUGGGAUUCCUCUCAUGGAGAUUUCUGAACAAGAUACUCAGAGACAGAAAGAGGCCAGUGCUCGUGCCGCAAAGCUUUAUGCAGACUCUGUUAAGAAAUAUUAUGGUGCUAGUGAUGAUUCCGAUAAAAGUGGAAAUGUCAUGAAGCAGACGUCACACCUAAAGCAGCACAUUGAGCAGACAACAGACCCUGUGACAAAGACAUAUCGGACUGUUAGAGAGGAGAGUUCUAAAGUUGUCCAGGUCUUCAGUCCAGACGAGGAUGAAGAGAAAGAAGACAUUUAUGUCACUCUUCGACAUGAUAAACAUCGAAAAAAUCCUCGCGAUGUUUAUGCCCAGUCCAUGAAGCUUUAUGAACAACAGUCUGAGGUGACCCAGAAGAAUGAGGUUGAACGAGACAAUGGGCCUUCAUCAUGUUCCUCAUCAAAUUCUAGUGCUUUUUCGAAAACCAGUCUUUCAUCUAGAGCAAGCUAUGAUCCAGAGUCUUCGAGAUCCUAUAAACCAGACUCGAAAGUAUAUUCAAAAUCUGAGGGUGUACGGACAAAUAAUGAAUCCGGGUCAUAUUCAAAAGUGGAAUCCAAUGAAAGAGUUAAGACUACUCUUACUUUGCCGGGUGUGCAUCGAAGUUUGAGUGACUCUGCUGACAGACUUAACAAACUCAGUCGGUACAGUCCACGUGUGUCAAGGCGUGAUUAUGAUAUUAACAAAGAGAAUGAGGAGAAGAGGGGCCGGCUGGACACCAGCCCUGUGCACAACAUACAGAGGACAACAUACUUUUACGAACCGAGAGAGGAGAAACAGGCCUCUUCUUCCUCCACUCAGAAUCAGUAUUCUUCUAAAGUGUCCACUCAGAACGUUUCUACUUCCUCCAGUGUGUUAAACGUAGACAAGUCGAAAAGCAAAGCACAUAGUUUGGUAACUGUAACUGUGAAUAAUCCAACAGAAAGUAGUUCCUCCUCAGCCAGUCAUGACCUUCCUUGGAGUGUCAGUCAACUGAAGCAGAAGUUUGCUGCAAAGUCAGAUGAUAUCACAACCACGACUUCAUCUCACUUUUACGCUCCCGAACAGAAGACCUCCCGCUCAGUGUCAUCCGUCACAAUAACGUCUACCUCGCGUCCCGGACCCCCACCUUACAAGUCACCACCUCCCUUCCGCCGCCUUGCAGACAAUUCACGUCUGAGCACAUCUAGUAACAGCAGUAACGGCAGUGCCAGCAAUCAUAGUUCUUCAACAAAGACACAUAAGUCUGUUUCAACUCGCAAGUUCGGACCACAAUCGUUAGACUAUGGGUCCUUCUCAUCCUCUUCGGAAGACCUCGACACACUUAGUCUGUAUCCGUUUCGGCGGAAAGAGAGUGGAAGUGGGUUGUCUGAUCAAGAAAUAGACUGUUAUACAGACAUAUCAUAUGUCUAGCAGACGUCAUCUUGGAGCAGACGUCACUUGCAGCAGACAUUAGUGUGUAUGUGUGAGUGCGUGUGUGUAGAGUUCAACGUGUAGGAAGUGUGCCAGAACAUUUGACUAAUGAGUGAAUGGAAGAAUAUUUGAACUUUGAACUUUGAACCUUGUAGAGCCUCACUGCCAAUAACCUACUGUCCUAGACUAGUUCAGUGCUGUCGUGGGAUGUUCUUGGUCAUUAGGACCCAGCUGUGCCGUGAAAUAUUCCUAGGACGUUUUCACUAGGACGUGUCUUGUGUUACACUGACUGUGGCGAAGCCCAACAACAUUGUCACAGUAUUCACAGUAUUGUGGCUACCAGUGGUGUAUGUUGAACAUUGUUGAUCACAACUGACUGCCAUUCAUGGGACAUCAUCGCAGGUAGAAUCUUCCAAUCAAGCACGGAAGGUUUCAUUCUGCAGGGUCUUUCGCAGCAUCUGAUGUCACAGUUAUGUUACUCAACUUGUUUUCAUGUUUUUAUUUCACUUCAUAACAAAAAUUACUUCAUUUAAACAUUAAAAUUUGAUAAUUAAUUUCACCAAUCCUCAUUUAGCAUGAAUCAAAUUAAUCGUUUUAUAAAAGUUUUGGUAUUUAUUUUAGAUAUGUAUUACUAUUGUGAAAGUGUAUUUUUUUUAUGGAAGAACAGUAACUUAAUAGAGUAAAUAGGUUUUGACCAGUGCAUAGGCACAGUGAAUAAAUCAACAAAUGAAUAGUGAGCAGAUUUACAAGUUUUAUCAAUAUUGACUAUGUGACAGCGAUAGAAUAGACAAUGACAAGUCACUGUUCUUGUAACAGUUAGAUAGCAAGGGUAUAUCACAUGGCACUGCAUACAAAACUUUUGUUUAAUAUAUAAAACAAAAUGAAAUAUUGUUAAUAUGAAAUAUGGAUUGAAAUAAUUAAUUUCAUUCAAACUAAAAGUGCUAUGUGAAAAAUUAGAUAAGUUGACACUUAAUGAGUUUAUUUAUUAUUUUUUCUCAACUUUAUGUAUGUGUAGUUGUAUUGAAAACAUGGUUUUGACUCAGAUGGAAUGUGAUCCUAGAGAGGAGACUUACUUAAUAGUCCUACCUCCAUUUGUAAGACUCAAGCCUUUGUCUUUCGUAAACAUUUCGCAGCUGUUUCUUACAAAGGGGAAAGGUAGAAAUCGUACAGUGGUACCAUAAUCCUUGACUUCAAUAUGCAAAGCAUUGUGGGAGACUUAACAUCCUACUUCAGCAAUACCUCAUCUUGUUGUGUCAUGUGAUCAGGUCAUGUGACCUCAGCAAUACUAACUUUUUAAGUCAUAUGAAAUACUCAUGUAGAAUAUAUUGUAUUCUGUGUAAUAUACAAUUUGUACAAACGAGAGUAAAUAUGUAAAUAAGGUUGUAUAUUUGUUACAUUUAUGGUUAUGCCUUUGAUAAGCAAUAGCUUGCGAGAUUUCACAUCGAAAAUAGAUUGGUGCAUGUUCAAAGAACAAACUUUGGAUCAAAAUUUGCUAUCUGUGCCUUUGAUAAUUGUUUAUGCACUUCAUUUGAGGUAGUGUUAAAUUAUUGUUUUUGGUUAUAUUGAAAUGUACUCAUAAGUGUAUACUUCAUUUCAAAUUUAAUUUAAUUGUAUUUGUAACUAUUUUGAUUGAUGCUCUGUGAUAUGUAUACAUGCUAGAUAUCAAAAUGGCUGAUCAAGUGAUGUUAAAUCGAUAUUUAAUCAAAUGAAAACCUUCGGAGUGUUUUGCUAUCACGUGGUCACAGUAUACCCACCACAUUGUAAAUUUUGUACGAACAUUUAAUCAUAUCAUGGAAUGUCCAGACUUGUUGAAGAGUUUGUUUACUUUGUUGAUAUUUUGGAAAGUUUAAGCUGUAAAAGGAGUCUUCCCUUCACUGUCCAGUCGUCUGCUUCACUGCAACUGGUGCAUUAUGGGAUGUAUUUUUAUAGGUUAGAUCGUCUGACUGAAUGAUUCGACUCAUUAAAUAUAUGCUGAAUAAAAAUGCAUUGUCAAUGAA